CCUUCCCGGAAUGAAAUGGUGCCUUUGUCAAGCUCUAGUUCUAUGAUGAACUACACAGCCCAGUAAAAAAACAUCAAGUGCCAGUACAGAACCAGGAUUUUGAAGAGUGCAGGGCUGUGAGACAUCAGUGCUAACGAACAACUUUUGUACAAAUUAGAGAGAAAUACAAACACGAGCACGAACCGGCCGUACGUAAUUCCUCACCGAUUUUUGCUUACCGGACCCUUAAUCUAGGACCUUUUAGGACCAAGAGGCCGACGGGUCCAGUCUGCGAAUGACGUCAUUACCAGGAAGCGCAGCCUUCUACGUUUUUGAAUGAAGAGGCUGCUGUGUAGAAAUUCGGCACUGGAAUGGAGCGUCUGUGACACUUUGUGGAGAGGUGUUUUUCGCCACGUCUGCGUGCAGGCAGCAAACUAAAUGUGGACAUUAAAGUUUCGGAACGCCAAACAAGGCCACCAGUCUGCCCAAAGAGACGCCGUGCUGCUUUAUGCAGAUCGGGGAAGCGAAGAAAGCAACGCAAAAGCCUUCGGUGAAGAGACAGACGCGAGUCGGGACAAAGAAGACUGAACAGGACGGCUCUCUCCGGAUUACAGAACGGUCUGAUCGAUGAUUGCGUGGCAGAAGAUGAAGUAGCAACAUCGUUGUAAUUAAGCAUCGCACCUUUGCAGGAAAUGAAAGGCAGAGCCGCCGAUCGACGUCAUUCACCUAGGCUGCCAUGGGUAUAUGAUAAAGUCUCCAAGUAUUUUUAAAAACUUUUGACACUCUUUGCGGUUGGAAGUUCAUCUGCUAAUGACCCUUAUCAUUUAUUCCAAUUGAAUAUGGAAGAUGAAGCUUUUGAUCAGAUCAUUUACGUGAUCAAUCAACUGAUAUCAUGGCUCGCCUCUGGUGCCAUGAUCUUUGGAGGUGUUGUGCCCUACAUUCCUCAGUACAGAGACAUUAAGCGCACCCAGAAUGCCGAGGGGUUUUCUACUUAUGUGUGUCUGGUGUUACUGGUGGCAAACAUCUUGAGGAUCUUAUUCUGGUUUGGAAGACAUUUUGAAACUCCACUGCUUUGGCAAAGCAUAGUCAUGAUUGCAACCAUGCUUCUGAUGCUAAGCCUUUGUACUGAUGUCCGCGUGGCCAACGAAAUCAACACUAAGCGGCGUGCCUUCACAGCAACAGAUAGUAAGGAUGAAGAACUCAAAGCUCCUAAGAAGUUCUUUAUGGAUUUUGACUUGAAUUACUUCUGGCUGUGGAGCAGAUUUGUUGACUAUUUGCAGUGUGUCCUGGCAUUCACGGCAGUAGCUGCUUACAUUACCUACCUCUUCCUGGACUCUGCUCUUUUUGUUGAAACACUGGGCUUCCUUGCUGUGUUCACUGAGGCCAUGCUUGGCACUCCACAGUUAUACCGAAACUAUCAGAACAAGUCCACCGAAGGCAUGAGCAUCAAGAUGGUGUGCAUGUGGACAAGUGGAGACACCUUUAAGACCGGCUACUUCAUUGUGAACCAGGCGCCAGUUCAGUUCUGGAUCUGCGGCCUCCUUCAGGUCUUUGUGGACUUUGCCAUCCUUUUCCAGGUCUAUUACUAUAGCCGCUACCCACAGAAGCCUGCCUCUCACACUGUGCACGCGGGCAGUGCCAAGGCCCUCUGAACAUUGUGACGUGAUGCCACUUGGCCUUUGCUCACUCCUGUAGGUCACUUUAAUCUUAAGAUAAGCAUUUGUUACAAAGAAAUCUGUGUGAGAACAUUUUUUGAGAAGAACUUUGUUAAUGAAGUCUUUUCAGCUGCUUAUAUUUUUGUAUUUUGCUAUUUAACUGAAGAUUGUUGUACAAUAUUUUUGCCUUAGAGAUAAAAGGGCUGGACAGUUCAAAAUGUGCAGGAACUGAAAAUGAUUACAGGGAGAUGGUCUAUCGUGGUCUUUUGUAUCUUUUAUUUUUUAGGGUGGAAAUUUUUAGUUUGAUGGAAUUGUCCUUAAAAUAUGAUCAUUAACAUUUAUUUUCUUUUUUUUUUCUUGUGUAUUUUGUGUUUCUCAGCUUCCAAUAUCUAAAGCAGUUUUAAAAAAAAAAAAUCAGUAUUUCUUGAACCGGGCAAAACAAUCCAAUGUGGAUUUUGAAAGCUCCACAGUCUUUCAUUUGCCCUUCUUCCACACAUUAACUGAAAAAGCCAAAUUAAGGAUUUUGAGGAUUGAGUAUUUACCAUUUAGCACUAAUCUGUUUAAACCCUUUAUGUAUUUUUAUGUGCUUUUGGGACUGCAUUUUUUCCAAAAAAUUAAGCACAGGUAUCUUUUUCGCAUAUGUUCAUAAACUACUUGUGAAUUAGCUCAGCCGCAAAUUACUCGCUUUGACAAUUAGUCCAGAUGGAAAGCUCCAGAAAUGCCUUUUGGUGGCUGCGUAACACAGAUUG